UUUGUUACUCACUCACUGCACACAACAUGGCUGAGAACCCGGGUUUCGUGGGUGACGACGCGAGAGCAGGCCCCAUAAAGGGAUCAUUUAACAAGGAGCCUGAGGAGAUUAAAGCUGAGGAAAAACCAGGCGACGAUGACGCUCCUGUCAGAGACCAAUGGGAUGCCAAGGUCGAGUUUCUCUUGUCUAUGAUUGGCUACUGCGUCGGACUGGGAAACGUAUGGCGGUUUCCGUACCUCUGCUAUAGGAACGGCGGUGGAGCCUUCCUGAUUCCCUACGUGAUCAUGCUGGUGUUUGCCGGGAUCCCGAUGUUCUUUAUCGAGCUGACCCUGGGGCAGUACGCCGGCCUGGGAAGUCUGCCUGUGUGGAACUGCAUUCCCAUACUGAAAGGUAUCGGUUGGGCGAUGUGCAUCAUAUCAGCGUGGACCUGCAUCUACUACAACAUGAUCAUCGCCUGGGCCCUGUACUACCUGUUCGCCUCCUUCACCAGCGUGCUGCCCUGGCACCACUGCGGACACUGGUGGAACUCGGACAGGUGUGUGGAGAGCUGGGGAGUCGCCAACAGGACGGCGAACGGCACAAACUUCACACGGAUCGGCCCCAGCGAGGAGUACUGGCACGUGCGCGUUCAGCAGAUCUCAAGCAGCAUCUCUGAGACAGGGAAGAUGAACUGGGAGCUGACUCUGUGUCUCCUGCUGGCCUGGAUCUUAGUCUUCCUCUGUCUCUUCAAAGGAGUCAAGUCCACGGGAAAGGUUGUUUACAUCACAGCUACAUUUCCCUACAUCAUCCUGGUUAUCCUACUGAUACGAGGUGCGACUCUACCAGGGGCGAGGGACGGAGUCCUCUUCUACAUAACGCCAGACUUGAACAAGUUACGGCAAUCUCAGGUCUGGUACGAUGCGGCGUCGCAGAUCUUUUACUCCAUCGGCAUUGCCUUCGGCGGCGUCUUGACAAUGUCCAGCUACAACAAGUUCGACAACAACUGUCAGAGGGACGCCAUCGCCAUCCCCCUGAUCAACUGCGGCACCAGCGUGUUUGCGGGGUUCGCCGUGUUCUCGUUUCUCGGCUUCAUGGCGCACGAGCUGGGCGUGGAGGUCAAAGACGUGGUGGCCACAGGUCCCGGACUGGUGUUUAUUGCCUACCCGGAAGCCCUGACGCUGCUGCCCGCCUCACCGUUCUGGGCCAUCUGCCUGUUCUUCAUGCUCUUCACCCUGGGACUGGAUAGUAUGUUCGUGACCCUGGAGACUAUCAUCACGGCUCUGGUGGAUGAGUUCCCGACGGUGUUAGCCCGCCGGAAGACCUGGCUGCUGCUGGCGUUCUGUAUCGUCAUGUUUUUCCUCGGUCUCACUCAAUGCACACAGGCUGGCGUCUACUGGGUGACUCUGAUGGACUGGUACGCUGCAGGGUUCUGUCUCAUUGUGACUGCUUUCUUCAUGGCCAUUGGGAUAUCCUGGAUCUAUGGAAUCAAGCGCUUCAGUUCUAACAUCAAAGACAUGAUUGGUCAUGAACCCAGCCUGUACUUCAAGAUCUGUUGGAUGUUCGUGUCACCGGCGCUCAUGUUGUUUAUCUUUAUCUUCAGCCUGGUGACCUACACGCCUGUGGAGUAUAAUGGCGUCACGUAUCCAGGAUGGGGCGUGACCUUAGGUCUGCUCAUGGCCUUCUCUUCCAUCAUCGCUAUUCCGCUGUUCGCAAUCCUCGCCUUGUACAAUCAGGAGGGGAGCUUCUUCGAGAGGAUUCGAGCAUCAUGUCGCCCCACCGCUUCGUGGGGUCCCUCAAAAUCAGCUCCGCAACCGGAAGAGGAAGUGACGUACAAGACCGACAGCCCCUACCCCCUGUACGAUCCCAGGAGCCUCCAGUACGACUUGAGCCGCAGCAAUGGCGUCCCCGGGCUGGCCAACGGCACCAAGUUCCCGCUGUACGAUCCGCGCAGUCUGGAGGAGGAGAGGGCUUCUAAGUCCUCUAAAGAACAGAUCGCGAACGGCGAUGUACGCGAGGGGCAUGACAAUAACGUGUUCACAGCAGUGUGAUGACUUUGUUAGUCUCCACCAGACUUCUUUUGCAGGCUGAAUGUAUCGUAGAAAUCGGCCUAAAAAGGGUAUUAAUU